UAAAUAAUUUAAAAAAUUGCUAUUAUUUUUAUAAACAAAGAAUUAAGGUACAAAAAUAUACGUUAAAAAAUAAUUUAAGUAUUAUGUGUAAUUAUUGUGAUAAAAAGAUAUUUUUUCCAAACACCUAUAGCAUACCUAUUCUAUUAAGGUGUCUAUUCUAUUAAAAAGGGUGUGUUUACCUCUUUAAUUUUUUUUAAUUGGAAAUAAUUAUUUAACAUUUUUGUUAUUAAUAUAAACAUCUGUUGUUAUAAUAUUUUUUGCAUUGUUAUUAUAAUUUAGUUACAUAUGUAGAUUGCCCGACAACAAUUCGUUCCUAGGUACCCUUCGUGAAGUAAGAAUGUAAAAAUGGUAAUUUAUCGGCUUAAUUAUUGAUCGCUGCAAAAUAGUCUCUAGAUCGAAAGUUCUCCUUAUCCCGCGAGAGGGUGCCUAGGGAUCAAUCGUUGUCAAACAGUAUACUAAGCUUAAUUAACUAUUUUAUUAAAUGUGUUUAAUUUACUAAGAGCACUUAUGUAUAGAACAACUGGCAUACCCUCCAAUUUUGCAGAAAUAAUACGUCGAUCUUCAUUCUGCGUGAAGCAACAGAAAGAAUUCACGAAGCGUUUGCUUACUAGAGAGUGUUGUGCUUUCAAACAGACUGACAUUUUUGCAAACUAUUCCGCGUAUCGCGAGAAACUUCAACAUAAUUAGUAGAUUGCAAAAUGCGACAAUUAGUAAAAAGAUACGAGGAGGAAAUGGCAGAACAGAUUCCUGUGCAAAUGGACAACAAUUCGCAUUCGAUAGAGCACAUCUUACGCCCAAUAUCGUACACCUCCUGGCUUCUAGGUGUCGGCGUUGCACAUCCGCGAAACUGUUCCAAGACUGUAACAAUAAUUAUACGUAUCGUUCAUUUAGCCGUGUGUUCGGUUAGCGUGGUGCACAGCGUGUUAGAUUUCUCCACUUUCGACACCGACUUAGCUCAUGACAGCGGUAUAUUCAAGUUUAUGUAUUGCAUGAAUAGAAUAAUGUGCUACGUAUUGGCAUAUUACAAUAUUUAUUACGGAAUCAGGCAGUGCAAUAAGUGGUCGGAGUUGAUGAAUAGAAUGGAGAAACUCAAUCAGAAGAUCAAAAAGGAAACACCAUUGAAAGACGUGCCAGUGAAGAAAAUGGAAGCGUUAGCGAUUCUCGUGACUUUUGCCUGUUGUCCUCUUUUGCUGAUCAUACACGUCCUGUAUUAUUAUUAUACACAUCCAGAAUUCAUUUUCGUCUCCGACUUGUUGUUUUACUACAUGUUAGCCCAGUCGUUGAUCAAUAGCUUCGUCUUCGAUGUUAUCGUCUACGUGCUGUAUUACAAAUUCCGUUUGAUAAAUGAACUAAUCGGCCAGUUGGAUGAACUAUUCGGCGCGCAAUGGAUCGCGCACAAGAUUAGACGCGUUAGAGAAUUACAUAAUGGUAAGUUUCUUGCAAAUAUUAUCUUGUGUAUUAUAAUAAUUCGAGUUUUGAUGUCAAGACGUUUAAUAAAUAAUACUAUGUCUAUAAAAAGAUUGCAACGAUUUUGAUGUCGAGAUAUAACCAGAUCGUAAACUAUGUUAUGCAGGUGUUUGUGAUCUUGUCAUUAUGCUGAACGAUAUUCACGGCCUUUAUCUUCUGCUCUGUUCGAUAAACUGCUUCACCGUGGUCGUGGCAACCCUAUUCAGA